CCCUCCAAAAGGUAGUGGAAAUAAAUUUGAAUAAACAAAACAGGUUUGCUGAAAAUAAAACCAGGACUCCCAAACUGCUCCAGUCAAACAGCUUGCACAAGGCCUUACUGUCAGCCAGCGUGGCACUGAGGCUUGGCAAGCAGCAUCCAGCAUGUACCAGGCGAUGGCGUUCUUGGCAAUGGUCAUGGGAACCCACACCCUCUGUUUGGGGUCCCAGAGGCGUUGCACCCACUGGCCCGGCUGCUGCCCCAGCGAAGGACAGAACCCCACUGAGGAGUGGCUGAAGUGGAACAGUGUGCUCAUGCCUCCCCCAGAGACCACCAGCCUCGCCCACCACCCAGAAUCCUGCAGUUCCAGCAAGGAUGGACCCCUCAACAGCCGCUCCAUCGCCCCCUGGAGAUAUGAGUUGGACAGAGACUUGAACCGGCUCCCGCAGGAUCUGUACCACGCACGCUGCCUGUGUCCACACUGUGUCAGCCUCCAGACGGGCUCCCACAUGGACCCCCUGGGAAACUCAGAGCUGCUCUACCACAACCAGACCGUCUUCUACCGGCGGCCGUGUCCUGGACAGCAGGGCGCCCACCAUGGCUACUGCCUGGAACGCAGGCUCUACCGUGUCUCCUUGGCUUGCGUGUGCGUGCGGCCCCGUGUGAUGGCCUAGCUGUGCCGACCAUGGCUGGUCCCUGGGCAAACACUGGAGCUGGUUGGACAGCCACCUGCUGUGGUGAACCAGGACACCCAAAGGCACAGCCCCUCCAAAGGACCACGCGGAGCAGCAGGAUCUUGGGACAGGAUGGGGGACCAUGGGGGACCGCACUUUGCACUUUUUGGAGUGGGUGAGAAAUGCAGGGCAAAUCCAAGGCAGUAGCGGCUGUUUAUGGUCCCUGGAAACUGGCAUCCUGUCAUUUCCUCCUGGGAAAGGUCUUCAAAGCUCUGCUAUGUCUGUCUCUUCUUCCCUCCCACCCCCAGCUGCCCUGGUGCAGCACAGGCACUUUCAGACAUUUUUCCCUUCACCAGUGGAGAGCCCUUCAAUUCAUUAGUUUGUUCGCUCCUUCAUUCAUCAAACGCUUAGUGAGCAUCGACUUUGGAGCAUCGACCUUAAACCUCCUGGUGGAGUUGCUAGUCUUUUGACAUGAAUGCUGCUAAGGAAGAGGCUGUUAUUGAGC